AUGUCGUUGUCCUCGGCGCUCAAGACGCUGGCCAACUACCGUGCUCAUAAUACACGAGCGUCACAGGAUGUCGUAAACAAAGGUUCCAUUGUACUCAAGUCGAACGGAGCGCGAAAGUUGGGUGACGAAGCAUGGGCGUUCCUAGAGCAGCUUGCACUCGCAGCGAUAGAUAUAGGUCGGUUGGACGUGGCGGACGAAUGUAUAAAGCAACUCUCUGACAAGUUUCCUGGUUCUCCUCGAGUGAGCGUCCUCACCGGUAUACAAAUGGAGGCGACGCUAUCACCAGAGACUGUCAUGAAAUUCUACGACGAGCUGCUCGCGGAGGACUCUGCCAACGCCGCGAUCUGGAAACGGCGGAUAUCCCUCCGAAAACGAACCGACAAGAUUGAAAAGACCGUUGAUGAGCUCUGUGCCUACCUGGACACCUUCUACAAUGACAUCGAGGGUUGGCUAGAGCUUGCGGACAUCUACUCGUCAUGCAAUCAGUAUACCCAAUCUCUUCAAGCACUCUCUCACGUUCUCCUUCUCGCUCCACAAAACCCGUUUUACUUUCUGCAAUUCGCAGAAACCGCAUAUACCGCCGGUGACAUACCCUUAGCGAUUAAGAUGUGUCUGGUUGUGGUGGAUAUGACGGAACGAGAUGUGUCGUCUCCGCAUGAAACUGCUGCGACAGGGAUCAGCAUCCGGGCAUGGUGGGGUGUUAAGCUGUGUACCCGUCGACUGCUGGCGAACUCUUCUCUCCCUUCAGCUUCCGGGACGCCGCCUCCGAAGAACUUGAGGCUCAUUGACGAGCUCGCGACGGAGCGGGUUAUGGCUACAUACUCUGUGACGGAUAAACAGACGGCUCAAGGCAGAGACGCUGUUGUUGGGUGGAUGGGUGAUACGUACUAG